GGUCAAUUUCCGGCGAACCUUUGCCACUUUUCAAGUGGAGGAGGCAUAACAUAAUAGUAUUGGAUAAUUAGUAUAUGUAUAAGAAUGAUGCUGCCUUUAGUAAACAUCAAUCAUCAUAUUCCUCCUAUUCUCACCCUCCCCUUCAUCUAUAUAUUCUAAUUUCACCCUCUCAUUUCAACACACUUUCAAACACUAGUGCAUGCUCAAACUUACUUAAAACAACAAAAAAAAAAUAGAAAAAAUGGUUAAAUUUUCUAAACAAUUUGAAGGGCAACUUGUUCCUGAAUGGAAAGAAGCUUUUGUUGAUUAUUGGCAACUCAAGAAAGAUCUCAAGAAAUUUCAUUUUCUCAACACUAAUAAUAACAAAAACCCUAAUCAAAAUGCUUCUUCUUUUUUUACUUCUCUCAAGAAAUGUUUUCCAUUUGGUCAUCAACGUAAGGAACAUGGAGCCAUUCAAGUUCACAAGAAGCUCGCGUCUUCCGCGAGUAAAGGCGAUAUGUAUGAGACGGAACUUCUUGAGCAAUUCGAUGAUGUUGAUGCUGUUCAAGAGUUUUUUACAUGCUUGGAUCUUCAACUUAAUAAAGUUAAUCAAUUUUUCAAGAAUAAAGAGAAAGAGUUUAUGGAGAGAGGUGAUUGUUUGAAGAAACAAAUGGAUAUUCUUAUUGAACUCAAAUCUGCAUUGAAGCAACAACAUGGAAAAGUUUCUUCUUCUCAAGAUUCUAAAGAGGAUGCUUCCAUUUCUUGCACCAUUACUUGCGAGGAGGACUCUGUCAGAGACAGAAUAGAAGAAGAGCAAGUGGUGCAAGAAACUACCACAGAAGACACAUUGGAGAGAACUGAAGAAAUAGAUUCUCCAAAAUCAGAAGAAAUAGCAAAAUCAAUGAGAAUCAAAAGAGAAGACAGCAAAUUAAGAUCACUUUCGGGCCGAGUUUUCAACUGUCAGGGAAAGAAUCUGAAGAUCAACAUUCCGCUAAUAAAUCCAACUCGAACAUUUUCAGCAAUUAGUUACCUAGUUUGGGAAGAUUUAGUGAAUCAAUCCUCCAAGAAAUGCAAUCCUGAAGGAAACAGAUUGCAAAUCAACAAGACAAAGUUGCACCAUGCAGAAAAAAUGAUUAAAGGUGCUUUGAUUGAGCUUUAUAAAGGAUUGGGUUAUCUCAAGACUUAUAGGAACUUGAACAUGCUAGCUUUUAUCAAGAUUUUGAAGAAGUUUGAUAAAGUGACUGGAAAACAAAUUCUACCGAUCUAUCUAAAAGUUGUUGAAAGCUCAUACUUCAAUAGCUCAGACAAGGUAAUGAAUUUAGCAGAUGAAGUUGAGGAAUUAUUUAUCAAACAUUUUUCUGAAGAGGACAGAAGAAAAGGAAUGAAAUAUCUUAAACCUCAACAACAUAAAGAAUCACAUAGUGUAACUUUCUUCAUUGGAUUAUUCACUGGAUGCUUCAUUGCUCUUCUUGCUGGAUAUGCUAUAAUGGCUCAUAUUACUGGAAUGUAUAGACAGCAACCUGAUACAGUUUACAUGGAAACUGUCUAUCCUGUCCUUAGCAUGUUCAGCCUGAUAUUUCUACACUUGUUCCUAUAUGGUUGCAACAUUUUCAUGUGGAGAAAGACAAGAAUUAAUUACAGUUUCAUAUUUGAAUUAGCUCCUACAAAAGAGCUAAAAUACAGAGAUGUGUUCUUGAUUAGUACUGUAUCCAUGACUGCUGUAGUAGGAGUUAUGUUUAUUCAUUUAUCUCUUCUUACAAAAGGGUACUCAUAUUAUCAAGUUCAAGCCAUUCCUGGUUUUCUUUUAUUGAUUUUCUUGUUACUGCUCCUCUGCCCUUUUAACAUAUGUUACGGGUCGAGUCGAUACCGGUUCCUUUGUGCUAUUCGGAAUAUAGUUAUGUCACCUCUCUAUAAGGUUGUGAUGCUUGACUUCUUCAUGGCUGAUCAGCUUUGUAGUCAGGUGCCAGCUCUUAGAAAUUUGGAGUAUGUGGUGUGUUACUACGUAACAGGAAGCUUCAAAACUCAGGAUUAUGGCUACUGCAUGAGAGCUGAGCAUUACCGCGAUCUUGCUUACGCAGUUUCCUUCCUGCCCUACUACUGGAGAGCUAUGCAGUGUGCUAGGAGAUGGUUCGACGAAGGGGAGACGAGUCACCUAGUGAAUCUCGGAAAGUAUGUGUCAGCAAUGUUAGCAGCAGGAGCAAAAGUAGCAUAUGAGAAAGAAAAAAGUACAGGAUGGUUAUGUCUAGUUGUGAUAAUGUCAAGUGUUGCAACAAUUUACCAAUUGUAUUGGGAUUUUGUAAAAGAUUGGGGUUUGCUUCAAGUGAAUUCCAAGAAUCCGUGGCUACGGAACGAAUUAAUCCUUCGUCGAAAGUUCAUUUACUACUUCUCCAUGGGUUUGAACCUUGUCCUGAGGCUUGCUUGGUUACAGACAGUUCUGCAUUCAAAAUUCGGACAAGUAGAUUACAGAGUAACUGGGCUGUUUUUUGCUGCCCUUGAAGUCAUCAGAAGAGGACAUUGGAAUUUUUACAGGUUGGAGAAUGAGCAUCUGAAUAAUGCAGGCAAAUUUAGAGCAGUUAAAACAGUGCCACUUCCUUUUCAUGAAGUGGAUGAAGAAGAUUGAUGCUCUCUCCAAUGGCAGAAGUUGAUUACAGGAUUCGAUUCGCCAUUUACGAUACCUAUUAUUUUAAUUUUCAACCAUUUUUUCCCAUAGGAAAAUUAAUGUACUUGCACAAGUUGUUGUAAUAAUACAACAACUUGAUUAUUUUGUUGAAUCAUGGAUAAUGGGAAACUAGUCAUGAUUCAUACUUGUAUACACCAAUUUUAUGAUCUUCAUAAAUUGAUGCCUUCUGCAAA